AUGAGAAAUGAUUCGUAUCGCAUUAUUUGGUAUAUAAGACAUGGUAUCGAAAUACUUAGUCAGACACCUGUAGUGAUAUACUUUACAAGGAGUUGCGUAACUUCAACACAGGCAAUUAUUAUGUUGGUUGCAGAUAAUCAUGCAAAAUGUCUGAGACCAUUAUUGAAACCCGACCAGCCCAUUGGUCCUGUUCGACCUGUUCCACCUGUUCCCUGUUCUCUGCCUCCUGUCACACAUGUCACUGUCAAACAUCACUAUUGUAUCCUGUCUAACGCCUGUGUUCCAAAUAAUGUAUCCCCGUUGUCCCUUGUGCUUGUAAAACCAUUUAACAUGCGUUUCGCUUGCUCAUGUUAUCCUCUGUAUCUAUCUGCGAAAUUAUAUGUGUUCAUUCCCGCUACCCCAAAGAUGUCCCAAACUAAAUAUGGCCGUACCCAAGCAAACAUUAUUUUCAAAAAAAAAUCGCUCGAUUUCCCCCACCUACGAGGGUAUAAAUUACUAAUUUCUCUGUUCAAUACACCAAUAGUAGAAACAGACUCCAAAGCAAUGACACCAUUAGAGCAGCAUUGGACUAAACGAAAAUGUGGUAGACUCAAAAAUGGGUUACAUGUUUAG